UUUUGUCAUCAUUAUAUUUAACGGGACACCCUGGAAGAAAACUUGAGAGUUGGGCAUUCAGAGCAUGAUGAGAGAUCAGGGCAGGUAGAGGACAUGGAAUUGCAACCACCAACUGAAGUGGAAAACAUCUACUGAAACAUCCAUUUCAAUGCAACUAUGGCCUCGGCGCCGUCCGGCCCGGGCGCCGCCCCUCUGGGCUCGCAGGUUCACGCCGCCGCUGUCAAUGGCGACAGGAACGCGUUGCUCAAACUCAUCACAGCAGAGCCAAUCCUACGGGACUGCGAGCAUCAGUUUGGCCGCACCCCUCUCAUGUACUGCGUGAUGGCUGAUCGCCUGGACUGCGCCGAGAUUCUCCUAAAGGCCGGAGCAUCAGUCAACAAAACCGACCACAGCCAGCGCACGGCACUGCACCUCGCCGCACAGAAGGGAAAUGUCCGUUUCCUCAAACUGCUGCUCUCUCGGCACGCCAACUGGCUGCAGAAAGACUUGGAAGAGAUGACCCCGCUGCACCUCGCCACACGACACCCUUCUCCCAAAGCCCUCGCCUUGCUGCUCAAACACAUCGGCCCCGGUGAGGUCGACACACAGGACAAGAACAAGCAAACCGCCUUGCACUGGUCAGCGUUUUAUAACCGGCCGGAGCACGUUCGCCUACUCAUCAAGCACGACUCCAACAUCGGCAUCCCCGACAGCGAGGGAAAAAUCCCCCUGCACUGGGCCGCGCAUAGCCAGGAGGCCAGCGCCACGCAAACUGUCCGCUGUAUACUGGAAGCAGCUCCCACAGAGUCCCUGCUGAACUGGCAGGACUAUGAAGGCCGGACGCCGUUGCACUUUGCCGUCGCCGACGGUAACGAGGCAGUGGUGGAAGUGCUGACGUCCUACGAGGGCUGCAACGUCACCGCUUAUGACAAUCUCUUCAGGACACCGCUGCACUGGGCCGCACUUCUCGGCCACGCCAGAAUUGUCCAUCUGCUUCUGGAGAGGAACACGUCAGGCACCAUUCCCUCAGACAGCCAAGGAGCGACACCUCUACAUUACGGAGCACAGAGCAACAAUGCUGAGACAGUCGGUGUGUUUCUUUCCCACCCAUCGGUGAAGGAUGAGCCCGACCUGGAGGGCAGGACGGCCUUCAUGUGGGCGGCCGGGAAGGGCAGCGACGAUGUCAUCCGCACCAUGUUGUCCCUCACGCCACACAUUGACAUCAACAUGGCCGACAAGUAUGGCGGCACAGCGCUGCAUGCAGCCUCCCUGUCAGGCCACGUCAGCACCGUCAAAUUGUUGUUGGAGAAAGGAGCCAUGGUGGACUCUCUGGAUGUGAUGAAACACACGCCGCUGUUUCGUGCUUGCGAAAUGGGACACAGAGACGUCAUCCUCACGCUCAUCAAAGGUGCCGCACGUGUGGACCUCGUGGACGUGGACGGUCACACUGCUCUCCACUGGGCAGCUCUAGGAGGGAACGCUGAGGUCUGCCAGAUACUGAUGGAAAAUGGGAUUAGCCCCAACGUACAGGACCAAGCAAGACGGACUCCUUUGCAGUGUGCCGCCUACGGUGGCUAUAUCACAUGCAUGGCUGUUCUAAUGGAGAAAAACGCUGAUCCAAACAUACAAGACAAGGAGGGUCGGACUGCUCUCCACUGGUCGUGCAACAAUGGCUACCUGGACGCGGUGAAGCUGCUGCUGGGCUACGGCGCUUUUCCGAACCACAUGGAGCACACAGAGGAGAGGUACACGCCGCUGGACUACGCGUUGCUGGGAGGCCACAGCGAGGUGACCCAGUUCAUGUUGGAGCAAGGCGCUCUGUCCAUCGCCGCCAUCCAGGACAUCGCCGCCGCCUCCAUCCAGGCCGUCUACAAGGGCUACACGGUCCGCAAGGCCUUCAGGGAGAGGAAGCAACUCCUCAUGAGGCACGAGCAGCUACGCAAGGACGCCGCCAAGAAGCGAGAGGAGGAACUGCGGCGGAGAGAAGCCGUGCAGCGAACCUCUGCCGCGACUCAGAAUGAACGAAAAUCGUCUCUGGAGACCACCGAGCAGGAGAAGCUCUCCUUGGUGAACCUGGUGGCGGAUUUAUCCAUGAAGGACUCAGUGGUGGAGACCAAGAAAACAACUAAACCUGAACGGAGGAGCAAAGAGGAGAGACACAAAGGCCAUCGGAGCAGAUCCACAAGGAGCAAAGUUGCCGAUCCACCUGACACUGCGAGCCCUGAAAGUCACGUGACCUGCGACACGGCGACCAGACUGAAGGACCCGCGCUCUCCUAGCAGACAAGCAUCACCCAGACGACUCUCAGUCAGAGAGCAAAGACAGUCCUCGUUCACAAACGUCUCUUCCACGAGCGUUUCCGACACAGCCGCCAUAACUGAUUCCCCGAAACGCAGACACCACAAGGCCAGAGAUCCCGCACGACUCGCUGGGGCCUCUUUGAACACGAGAAGCCCUUCAAGGAAACAUCACGCCACCGCGAGCACGCCACGGGCACACGACCGAGAGCUGCGCAGGAGGAGGAACGAGGCAGCCGGGGUCAUCCAGCGAGCGUGGCGAAGGCUCCUCGCACGCAGACACAGGGAAAGCAAAGCUUACAAGGGGGCGGAGUCAGGUGAUUUUAACCACGCCCACACCAGGAAGAAGCGGACGGAGACGCGAGGUCCUCCUACGAAAACUGCAGCUAGUAAGACGACGGCGCUGCAAAAUAUUUACGGAAACUCCUUGGCCAUUCGGGGGCAUCCUUCCUUCCGAGGGUCUCAGUCGCUCUUGAACGUGCCUUUACGCACACAGAGCCAAUUUAGCGGUUUGGACUGCGUGCACCUGACUGACACGGUGAAUCAAGCCAGGCAGUUUUCCUACCACCUGAGGCCGCAAAGCGCCGGGCAGGGUCGGGGCCAUCGAGGAAAGCCUUGACGUGCAACCAAGUACAUUUUUUUUCAUGUUUUCUCAGCUGGCCCGGCAGCCCCUUACUUACUUCCACAGACUUACUGUAUACAUUGUUCGUUUCUAAAAUUAAGCUGUAAGACAUCAGAGCCAUGACCUCACUGGGCGGGG